UAUGCUCCGUGAUCCUUCUGUUUUGUUGGCUCCCCCUACUCCCAGCCCAUCCCCUGUUCCUCCCCCAGCACGUGCCUCCAUCUUUUUUCUUGCACCUGACUCUCCUCAACGGCUCACCGCACUUGGCGCGUGCCUCUGGUCCACCCACGACUGUACUUUUAAUUCGUUGCACGAGAUCCGAUCCGGGGCCACGAUCUUGGAAGAAAGAGCACUACCCUACAGGACGGUUAGCUAAGGCCUUGCUUGUGUGCAGGAAGAGCUUCCAGAACUGGGCCAUAUGAUGCUCUUCGGUGGAUAAGGCGCUAAGUGGUUUAAGGUUGCUUAACUAGAGCAGUAGUGAGUUGAACUCUGAUCAAAAGAAUGGCUUCAUGGGAGUCAAGAAAACUUUUGCUUCUUCUGUGGAAGAACUUUACUUUAAAGAGGCGGAAGUUUGGGACUUUAGUUUCUGAGAUAGUCCUGGUGCUUUUGCUCAGCAUUGUGCUUUUGACAACACGCCACCUUCUUAGUAUAAAGAAGAUUGAAGCUCUGUAUUUUCCUGACCAACCUAUCAGCACUGUUCCUUCCUUCUUCCGAGCCUCUGUCACCAGUUUUUAUCCUUGGGAGUUGGCUUAUGUGCCUUCCAACAUCAUGGUGGUAGAGAAUAUUGUCAAAAAUGUGAAAAAUGAUUUAAACCUUCAUAUGAAAGUUAUAGGGUUUCCUUCAGAAAGUGAUUUUGAAGAUUAUGCUAGGUCAACUGUCAACUCUAGAAAUAUUCUGGCUGCUAUUGUGUUUGGCCACAACUUUGCAAACAGCAGUGAUCCUCUGCCAAAGAAGGUAAAAUACUACCUGAGAUUUAGUGAUAUUAAGAAGAACAUAAAUUCUGGGGCAUAUUAUCAAGGGGACACCUGGCUUACAAAAUUUCUCUUUCAUUCUUUGCGUCUUGUGGGACCCAGAAACCCAUAUGAAGCAGACGGAGGCAGUCCUGGGUACAUCACGGAAGGGUUCCUGGCUGUGCAACAUGCCCUAGACAAGGCCAUCAUGCUACAUCAUGGUGGAGCUGAUGCAGCAGCACUCUUCAAUGACAUUAGUCUUUUCAUUCAGAGAUUUCCAUACCCUGCAUAUUAUCAUGAUUACUUCUAUUUAUUUGCUACUACUUUCAUCCCUCUAACAGUGGCCUGCACCUUCUUUUUUAAUCAUUAUGUCCUAGUUUGGUCCAUUGUGUGGGAAAAGGAAAACCGAUUAAAGGAAUACCAGCUCAUGAUAGGACUGAGAAACUGGAUGUUCUGGGUUGCCUAUUUCUUCACCUUCCUCUGUCUGUAUUUUAUUAACAUUAUAGUUAUGUGCAUGGUUUUAUUUGUCAAGAUUGAACCUGCGCCAAUCUUCCAAUACAAUGACCCAACCCUUGUCUUCAUCUUUUUGUUAUUUUAUGCCAUCUCCUCGAUAUUCUUCAGUUUUAUGGUUAGCACAUUGUUUAAUAAAGUCAGUUUGGCCAUGAGCUUGGGAAGUUUCUUAUUUUUCCUCACCUACUUCCCAGCUGUUGCAAUGCAUCAGAGCUUUGAGCGCAUGCCAUCCAAGCAGAAGCUGAUCUGGUCCUUUGACUUUAAUGUUGGGAUGGCGUUUGGAUUUAGAUUCCUAGUCAAUACAGACGCAAAGAAAACUGGAAUGAAAUGGAGUAACAUAUUCCUAUCCACGGAUUCAGACAGCUUUUUAUUUGCCUACGUGCUAGGGAUGCUUUUAGCUGAUGCUUUCAUAUAUGGCCUUGUGGCCUGGUAUAUAGAAGCUGUCUUUCCAGGAGAGUACGGUGUGCCCAAGCCGUGGAAUUUUUUCUUGAUGCACUCUUACUGGUUUGGAGAACCACCUCAACAAAAACUAGAAAUCACCCAAUUUUAUGAGAGAGUUGAAAGCAAGUACUUUGAAGCUGAACCAACUGAUUUGACAGCAGGCAUACAGAUCAAACACCUACACAAGGUAUUCCAAAAGAAUAACACCACCAAGGUCGCCAUCAAAGACUUGUCUUUGAACUUAUAUGAGGGACAGGUCACUGUUCUUCUAGGACAUAAUGGGGCAGGAAAAUCCACUACUCUGUCCAUCCUCUCAGGUCUCUAUCCUCCGACCAGUGGAGAGGCCUAUGUCCAUGGAGAAGACAUCUCCCAGCAUAUGGAUCAAGUCAGGAAUUCCUUGGGCUUAUGUCCUCAGCAGAACCUGUUGUUUGAUCACUUGACAGUAUCCGAACACCUUUAUUUCUACUGCAGGAUAAAAGGAGUACCUCAAAAGAUGUAUCUUGAGGAAACUAACAACAUGCUGUCAGCUUUUAACCUGAUGGAAAAGUGUGAUGCAUUUUCGAAAUCACUGAGCGGAGGCAUGAAGCGCAAACUCGCCAUCAUUAUAGCCCUGAUAGGGGGCUCCAAGGUGGCGAUACUUGAUGAGCCGACAUCUGGCAUGGACCCAGCCUCGAGGCGGAGCACCUGGGAUAUCCUUCAGACGUAUAAACAGAAUCGUACCAUCCUGCUGACCACCCACUACAUGGAUGAAGCUGAUGUGCUGGGCGAUCGCAUUGCUAUCAUGGUCAGGGGGACCUUACGAUGUUGCGGCUCCUCGGUCUUCCUGAAAAGACUAUAUGGUGUUGGAAGCCACCUAGUCAUGGUGAAGGAACCUUACUGUGACAUUGCUGAAAUCUCAAAACUGAUUCAUUCCUAUGUCCCAACAGCCACCCUGGAGACUAAUGUUGGAAAUGAGUUAUCUUUUAUUCUACCCAAAGAAUAUACACACAGGGUCAGUAACCUGGAAGACUCAAAAACAGAUAUCGAAGCUACCCAGUCGCCCUCGGUAGGAAGCAAAGGGAACAAGAAUGGGGAUGUUGAAAGCAGCGGGAGAGUAGGCUUUCCCACCCAGAGUGAAGAUCAGAACAUUGUGUUUAACACUGGGUGUUCCCUCUACCUGCAGCAGUUCCGUGCCAUGUUCAUGAAGAGGCUGAUGUACAACUGGCGAAACUGGAGAGGGAUUUUGGUGCAGAUACUGGGGCUUAUCAUUUCUACUUUCUUACUCCUCAAGUCUCAUGAGUUUAGAUAUAAGAAAAUUAGGCAAAUGAAUUUGGACGAAUAUGGUCAAACCAUUGUGCCUUUUUCUAUUUGGGGGAAAUCUAACUUGACAUCAAGUCUUUUAACACACCUUGAGAAUAUGCUAAAACCUGGCAACCACCAACUCAAGGAAGUACAAGGUGACCUACUCAAAUAUUUGGAGGGAAAUGACGAAUGCGUUCAUUUAUGUGUUAUCGCACUUUCUAUCAAGGUGGUUGCAAAUAGAGUAAACCUUACUGUUCUGUUCAACAAUGAAGCCUACCAUUCACCAUCUCUAUCCCUGACAGUUUUAGACAACAUUCUUUUCAUGUCACUUUCUGGUUCUGAUGCUUCCAUAACAGUCUUCAAUAAACCUCAGCCAAGCCCCCAGAGGAAAGAAUGGCCGGGGAGUACAGAUGGGAAGAUUGUAGCCUUCAAAAUUCAGCUGGGCAUGGCUCUUUUGGUCAGUGGCUUUUGCAUCCUGACGGUGACUGAGAGACACAACAAGACAAAGCACAUGCAGUUUCUGAGUGGGGUCUCCAUCCUUGUGUACUGGCUUUCUGCUCUGGUAUUUGAUCUCAUUAUCUUCUUCAUUUCUUGCUGCUUCCUACUGGUUAUGUUCAAAUACUGCAAAUUUGACAUCUAUGUCACCGACUACCACAUUCUGGACACGAUGCUGAUCCUCACACUGUUUGGGUGGUCUGCCAUCCCCCUCACAUACCUGCUGAGCUUCCUGUUUUCUAAGAGCAACUCUGCCUACAUCAAUCUUCUGGUGUUCUGUUAUCUCUCUGGCACUUUAAGUCUCUUAAUGGAUACCAUAAUAGAAGCAAGGAUAUCAACCAUCAUGUCCAACUCCACCCAAACCUUCCUGCUCAAUGCGCUGCUGCUCUUUCCUAUGUACAACCUUGGGAAGUGUAUCAGUGAGUAUACUGUUAUUUACCGGAAGAAGAUGCUAUGCAUCCAGCAAAAGAACGCUCUCAAAUACCUGAAUUGUAGCAACAAACACACUAAGAAGAACAUUUAUUCUUUGAAGAAACCUAUGCUGGGAAAGUAUUUAAUUGCUAUGAGCAUCGCCGGCUUUGUUUUCCUUCUUUUGAUUUUCUUUUGGGAAAAUAUCUCCUGGAAAGUAAAAAUGUUUAUCCAUCAACACAUUUACUUUGGUGCCUGCAAGAAAUACAAGCCGGAUAUAAUUUCUAAGGAAUUAUCUGGGACUUCUGAAGAUAAUGAUGUAGAAAAUGAGAGAAGAGAAAUUUUGUACCAGCCUGAAAAGUUUCUGAAUUGCCCAGUUCUUAUUAAGGAGCUCACGAAGAUAUACUUUAAGUCUCCACUAAUUCUGGCUGUGAAAAAUAUCUCCCUUGCUAUCCAAGAGAGGGCGUGCUUUGGGUUACUUGGAUUCAAUGGAGCAGGUAAAACAACUACUUUUCAAAUUUUGACUGGAGAAAAUAUUCCUACCGCCGGGGAUGUGUUCAUUGAUGGCAUUAGCCUCACCAAGAACAUCGUAAAGGUCAGGUCAAAAAUUGGCUAUUGUCCUCAAUUUGAUGCUUUGCUGGAAUACAUGACUGGCUGGGAAAUAAUGAUCAUGUAUGCAAGAAUAUGGGGAAUCUCAGAGCAUCAGAUUCAGCCCUACGUGAAAAAGUACUUGAAUUCUUUGGACCUGGAGUCUCAUGCCAACAGUCUUAUCAGCACCUACAGUGAAGGAAACAAACGUAGGCUGAGCACUGCCAUUGCCACGAUGGGAAAGCCCUCAGUUAUCUUCCUGGAUGAACCAUCAACUGGCAUGGACCCAAGAGCUAGGCGCCUUCUCUGGGACACAGUGAUAAAGAUUCGUGAAAGUGGAAAGGCCAUCAUUAUAACAUCCCACAGCAUGGAAGAAUGCGAAGCCCUUUGUACAAGGCUAUCCAUAAUGGUGCGUGGGAGGCUCACAUGCCUGGGUAGUCCUCAGUACCUCAAGAACAAGUUUGGUAAUAUUUAUAUUCUGAAGGCCAAGGUCAAGUCUGGGGAAACAUUAGAUGAAUUUAAAAAUUUCAUCACACUGACAUUUCCAGGUAGUGAAUUACAGCAAGAGAAUCAAGGGAUUCUUAAUUACUGCAUUCCCAGAAAGAACAACAGCUGGGGAAAGGUGUUUGGCAUUUUGGAGAAAGCAAAGGAACAAUACAAUUUAGAAGACUAUUCCAUCAGUCAGAUCACCCUGGACCAAGUCUUCUUGUCUUUUGCCGACCAAGACAGGAAGUGAUUAUGAGACAGAGGUUCCUUGAGAUUCCGUUACAAAUAGUAAUAUUGACUUUUCGUUUUUCUUUUUCUUUCUUUCUUUCUUUUUUUCCUACAUCUGGGUCCAUGGGAAGGUCAUCCUGUGCUUGUGAAUCUUCAUGUAAAUAUAUUUGUGUAAUAAAUACUUCCCUGAGAGAAAAAAAAAA